AUGGGCAUGUGGCGGCCUGUUGAGUUGGCGAAUGACAGCGCCUCUGAGGGGUUAGUGCUAUUUGAAGAAUUUUGUCAUGACGAAUACCCCAAACCUAAAAUUAAAAAAGUUAAGAUUUCCAGAAGGAAUCCUGUAAAUGUCGAAGAUGAAGUUUAUUUAAAUGCAGUUCAAUCUAAAAUGGGUAGUUGGUCUGCGUGUUAUCAAUUGUCUAAUGAAUUACUAUCAUCAUUGUACGUUAUGGGACAUUUUGUACCUACUGAGAUACAGAAGUUGGCGCUAAAAGCACUGGAAACUGAUAGUGACAUUAUUUACUCUGCAGAAACUGGUUCCGGAAAGACAAUUGCAUACGCGCUCAAUUUGGCAAUCAAAUUAGUUGACAACGUAAGUAAUAAACAUGGGAUAGUUUUGGUUCCAACUAGAGAACUGGCUGUGCAAGUGUACAAGGUUAUCAAAUCACUCAUUAAAUAUACUAAAUUGAGAGUCGUUUGUAUUGUAGGUGGAUUUUCUGUGGAUAAGCAAAAAAGGCUCUUAUCUUCACCCUUUAACAUUAUCGUCGCAACACCGGGGAGAUUAGCCGAUAUGAUGGGAACAGAAGAAUCGAUUAAGAAUUUAAAAUUGCAAAUUCUAGUGUUUGAUGAAGCAGAUAGAUUUGUUGAUAACACGAAUAUGAAGGAUUUUGAAAAGAUAUUAAAGAUUCUACUAAAGGCUGGGAAUGUCACAAAGAUACUAUGCUCUGCGACCAUCCCUUCCGAGUAUUCCAAGAUAUCCAAGCUUUUCAAGUUAAAAAAUCCAAUUUUAUGUAAAGUAGAAGGUAAAAUUUUGCCUGAUAAGCUUGUUUUUCGAAAAAUUAACAUGAAAUAUAGUGAUAAAGAAUUUACACUGUUUCACGUAAUUUUAACCUAUUUAAUGGGAAAUAAUAUGAAAAUUAUUGUCUUCAUGAAGACAAUAUCACAUGUAAAAAGACUUUAUUCCAUUUUCAAAUUGUUGUUUCAGCAAGGUAAGCUCAAAACCAGCUUUGGCACGGACACAAUCACAAGCAUACACUCUAAGCUGCAGCAGAGGUCUAGAAUUAAAAAUCUUGAUAAUUUUGAACAGUCAAAAAAAGGGAUUCUAUUUGCUACUGACGUUGCUGCUAGAGGAAUUGAUUUGCCUUUUGUUGACAUUGUUAUCCAAUUCCAUCCUCCCGCAAAUGCGGAACUGCUGAUUCAUAAGAGUGGGAGAACGGCAAGGGCAGGGAGAUGUGGAACCUGUAUCAGUCUUAUUUCCGAGGAAGAUAUGAUGGAAUGGGAGAGGUUCUUUUCCAAAAUAGGGAAAAGGCUAUCGCAAAUUGAAUUGUUUACCCUCAAAAAAAUUGAUUUUUUGGUUGAUUUAUGGAGGCAAGCCCUAAUUGUAGAUCAACUAGAACAUAAGGAAAGUAAAAGGGCACGAUCAUCCCUUUCAAAAUUGGCUGCCAAAGCUGAUAUGAUUGUUUCGGAUGAAGAUGAUGAAGUUGAACCGUCAAGCCUAUCUAGGGAGAGGAAGAAGUUGCUAAGGAUGCUGAGUGUGGUGGGGAAUAAUGGCGUAUAA